GUCUGAACAGUGCGGUCUCAGAAGGGGAGCCGAGCAGAGCUGGAAUAAACAACAGAAGGGACAUUGUUCACAUCCAAUGAGUAAACAAAUCCAAUGACUGAGAGCACAUCAUUUGUUCGACUCUUUGUGGGGUUCCUGCUCAGUGUGACAGGUGCACACGCCUCCUGUCCUAUUGAGUUGAGCCCCCCCAGUGUUGUGGUGAAAUAUGGCGACUCGGUCUCAAUCAACUGCAGCACAUCGGAGGUCCUGUUUCAAGGAAUGGGUUGGGAGGCUACAGAAGGAGGCAAAAGUCUUGAGAAGGUCAACCAUGUGGUCUGGACUGUGGCGAAUCUCAAAGAAUGGGGCGUCUCUCCCUUGUGCUUCAUCAACCCCAUACGUGAGAGUCAUUUUAACCAGUGCCUCGAGAGCCCCAAAGUUGUACUUUACACAUUCCCAGAAACAAUCAGUAUCAGCUCCAGCAGUGGCACAAGUGGUGUGAUAGAUGAAGGGGAGAAAUAUGACUUCACGUGUGACAUCAACAAUGUAGCACCCAUUCAAAAUCUCACCAUAUGGUGGUAUAAAGGAGAUGCAGUAGUCUUUAUAGACACUUUUGACAAUCCUCGUGUUAAACCAGUGGAUCAGUCAGCUGUCUACAGCUUUACACCGACCAGACAAGACGACGGAGUGACGUUCAGAUGCGAGGCACAUUUGGACCUGUCACCAGAAGGACCCCAUUUAAAUGUAUCUUCUCGGGAGCUUAAUAUCACAGUUCACUUUGGACCAGAUGUACAGUGUCCUGGUCUUUCACUGGACAAACUGGAGUUGCUGGAAGGAGAAACGUUGGAGGAGCGAUGUUCUGUGUCGGGAAAUCCCACCCCUAUUGUCCAAUGGCUGAAAGAUGGACAGCCCACAGACCCAGGCGUCCCUCUGAGCAGGAAGAAUGCAGGCCUGUACAGCAUUACAGCUGACAGUGCCACAAAGGUCAAAAAGGAGCUCCGGGUUCUUAUAUUGUAUGGACCAGAAUUGAUGUGUCCAAGCAGUUACACAGCACUGGAAUACACUUCUCACAACCUGACCUGCACUGUGGAGGGCUAUCCUAAACCUGAGAUCACCUGGUCUAAAGAUGGCGAGGAGGUGGAUCUUCCAGAGAAACUAACAAGACGUGACACGGGGCAGUACGUGAUCACAGCUUCCAACAAUCAGUCGAGUGUAAACUUCACAGUGGACAUUAAUGUUAUAUACCCGCCAUCUGAGAUAGUUGAGCUUGAACACUCUGAAGUCAACGUUGGUUCUACUGUGUGGCUGAAGUGCUCCUCUAUGGGCAACCCACGGCCCACAUAUUUCUGGAAUUAUUACCGAACCGCCAAUGUGAUUGAGGAAAAUGAUGAUGGAGUGUCCCGUCUGCUCAUCCACAAUGCUACUGUAUACAACAUGGGCCUCUACACAUGUCACGCCUGGAAUGACAAAGGAAAUGUCUCUAAAACUGUCAAAGUCUCUGUAAAAGGUGCCAGGCCAGAGUGCACUAUUGAAAUAUCCCCGGACAGGAUGGUGGUACAAUACCAAGACAGAGGCCAGAAUGCAACAUGCGAGCCAACACCCAGCACCUCCCAACAUCUCAAAGAAAUAUACUGGCAAGAUCUGCAGGGCACCAGGACUAACAGCACAACCUGGUUCAUUGACGCCAAUACAGACUGGGACCCAAGGCCUGUUUGUGUAGCAACGUUUCAUGUAACAGGAUCAUGCCAGAAACAGCUAAAAGUCACACUCUACAAAAUGCCAGACAGUGUCACCAUCCGUCCUGUGGAUAACUUGAUCUCGGCGAGGGAAGGGAAAGAGAUCCAGCUGCAGUGUGACAUCACCAACGUUGCUCCUGCACGAAGCCUCACCAUACAGUGGUACAAAGGGAAUGAAACCUUAAGACCACUUAGCAAAGGCUCAGUGCAAGUGACUGGCUGCCUGACUGAGAACAACACAAACUGUGACAUCAGUGUGAUCCAAUCCCCGCUCAACGUGUCAUCAACUAUCAACGUCACUGUGGACAGAAACCAUACCGGAGUAGAGUUCAGAUGUGAGGCUAAAUUGGAUCUUGGAUCGAAGUCUCCUCCAACCAUGAUGUCCAGUCCUCUCAACUUCACCGUCUACUAUAAGCCCAAAAUUAAUACCACGAAGCUUCCAAAGACGAUCCCAGUGUUCAGCGGUUAUCCUGAAGAGCUGGUUUGUGAAGCUGAUGGCCACCCACCUCCAAAGAUCCAGUGGUUCUCCACCCCCGACAAAGUGCCCCAUGUGUCUGGAAACAGACUCAUUGUAUCUGAAGCAGGCAUCUACAACUGCUGCGCCACUAACGAAGUCGAUUCCACGUACCAUGAGGUCGAAGUGAUUUUAAAAGAGGACUACCUUCCCCUCAUAGCCGGAUUUGUGGCCGUCACAGUCGUUGCCAUCUCCAUCGUCUUCCUGUUCAUCUACUCAAUCUACUACAAGAACACCAAGAUGCGCCGUUACAGUCUUAAAAACCCCAAACUUGACACCCGCAGUGACAACGUAGCCCACAACGGCUGGGACAUGCAGUUUCCUAUGACCAAACUGUCUUAGCAGUACAUCUGUGGAUAGCACAGGACGGAUAGUCUGACCACUCUGAAUGAGCCGCAUCUCUCUGCCACCACAAACUACAGUGUAUGAAAGCCUGAGUACCACUCAACCUGCAGGCUCACACUGGACUGAUCACACACUCUGUCAUCCUCACAUCUAUUUUUCUCACAUAAGAGAGUAUUUUACCCUUCGUGGAGAAGUCUAAUUAUAAGAUUGAGCAACCUUGGCUUGAGAUGUGUAAUUUUAUAUUUACUACUGGAUUUUACCUGUUUUCACUGGACAGAAAGAAGAAGAGGAGUAAGGACUCAGAAUCUGACUCUGACUUAUCAGAGGUAUUGAUAUUUUUUUUUUUGUAUUUUUUCAUGAGCACAAAGGGAAUAUAAUGUUUAUAAUGAAUGUUUUUUUGUUUGCCUUGGUUUCACUAAUGCCUGAUUUUUUUAAUAUGCCCCACUUGAUCUAUAUUUCUAGAAAGUGAACAUGCAUAUCCAAAGCAGUGACCCCUGAAGUUUCUGUGGUUUUAACAGUCACACCAAUGCUGUGUUCACACCAGGAGCGAAAACGCAUCAGUGUGACGAGCUAGAAUAUCGCACUUGCCAUGAAAGUUUUGCUCAAGCGCUCACUAUGUAGUUUUGGUGCCACAGGCUUAGGUGUGUCAAAUACUUGCAACAAUGCACUUUGACUUAACGUCAUCCAAAGUUUGAAUUUAGUCAUAAAAGUAUCCAUGUUUUGGUCAAUAUCUGAGCCCCAUUUUAACAUCACAUUUCACCGCCCCAUUGCAUCCCUGUGUGCACCACAGUCCACAGAAGCAUAGCAUCAGCUAAACUACACAGCUAGUAACAAAAACAUACAACAGAUGUCAGGCCUCAGCUUAUAGCGUUAAAAGUCAAUUGUGGUCUGUUGUUGUGUCGCUGGUCGUGUGAACAAAGCAUAACAGGAAGGGUGCAACAUCUGGCCUCUCUGUAGGUGUGACAUUGAAUCUGUGAAAACGAGACAAGUCCUGCUAAAUUUGUAAACACAUUUGCUUGUGCGUUUUUUUUCCAUUGCGCCCAUUGCCCCCCCUCAAGCCACUCUGCACUUGUUUCUGUAGUCUUCGCUGUGCCUGGCGCUUUGUUGUGCCAUACUGUGUCAGGCUCUGGCCUUAAGGGACAAAUUUUCUUGUUCCACAGUUGAGUGCUUUUUUGUAUAAAUGACUGCAGGCGUUGUAGCCUAAUGCCUAUCAGAACUGUAUAUUUAGGAUGGUAUUUUAUGUAAUUUCAAAACAUAUUUAUUUAUGAGAAAAAGCAAACAUGGAACAAUUGAGUAUUGAAAAUGGACUGCAGACAGAUAUGUGAACUUUGCAAAUGUUUAAAGAGUUUGUGGGGUUCAGGUUAAGGACCUGCGAUGAUGGGGACAUGAAGACAUUGUAACACAUUUGUGAAUACGGCUGUAAAUAUUUGAUUGAUGUAAAACUGUAUUUUGAUAUUAAAAAUGUGGCUUUUUGAA